AGAGACAGAGAAAGAGACAAAGACAGACAACCACCAGAGACAGAGAAAGACAGACAACCACCUAGAGAGAGAGAGAGAGAGAGAGAGAAAAAGUUAGAAAUAGGAGAAAACAUCAAAGAGACAGAAAGAGUGAGAAGGAGAAGGAGAAGCAGAGAGGACUCAUUACUGCUCAGGAAGAAGACAUGAGCUUCAGAACUCGUAACAAGGUUGUUGUAGGGAUCAGUUCCAGAUCUUCAGAGGAAGACUUGCGAUGGUUAAUGGAGUUCAUCCGAGGGACAUUUUUGGAACUUGUAUCCGAUGUGAAGUAUCUACCAAUCACUAACAAUAACUUCCUAGAAUGGAAGGAUGAAAUGAGGAGAUGUUCGGUCGGGAUCCUGUAUCACACCAAACGUCACGGUCGGAUUAACAUUGUUGACGUAGAUGGGGCGUUAUAUCAUGACGAGCUUCAAUCACUCUACAAUACUCUAGGAAAAAGUAAGGUUCUGGUGGUAGUGGAUGAUCUGGAGAACUGCUCUGACAGCGAGAGGGAGAGGAUCCUGGACACACAAUCCAGCCUGAGGCACCGCUCUUCUCAGCUCCUGCUCUUUCCUGAAACAGGCAAAAUUGAAGAAGCAAAGAAGAAGAAGGAAGAAUUUCUGAAAUUCCUUGGCAACAAUGCAGGAGGUGAGGAUCUCCAAGUCAACACUAAAAACCCUGAAGGUGGUCUAAUAUGGAAAAGUAUCAAGGACAGGAUACCUGGCGCAUCUUUUUUCUCCUCUGGCUUUUCCCCAUUUUCCUCACAUCAAAAUAGCCGUGAAACAUCUUCAGAUCCCAAACAGAAUUACCUCUCAAAAGGCUUAGGAGGAAAACGUAAGUCAAGACUGAAAGUCAUCAUCUUCUCGAGGUCAGCACAAAGUAAUUAUGAGUGGCUGAUGGAAUGGCUGAAGACCAAGUGUGUGAUGAGACCCAUAGAUGUCCAUGCUUUCUGCAUCACCAAUAAUUCUACAAGGUUUUACUCUGAGCUCCCAAACUGCUCGUUUGCCAUCCUGUAUCACACACAAAAGCAAGGACGACUCAACGUCACAGAUGUCACAGACUCCUUGUACAAUGAGGAGCUCAAAGAACUCUCUGCUUUCCUGGGUAGAGAGAACGUCAUUGUGGUGAUCGAUGAUCUGCAGAAUACCGACUAUACCAAGAAGAACCAGAUACUGAGAAACCAGCCCAGCAUCAGUAGACUGGCUUGGGACCUAUAUCUGUUCAACGAGCUAAAGAAGAACCCUGAAAACCUGAAAGACAUACAACGAAUCCUGAUGGGGAAAAUAGAGAAAAUACAAGAUGAUGAGGAGUGGGCAGUGGUGGACACUGGCGCAUCUGAUUAUUCUUCUGGCAAACCCGCAAUAUUAUCAUGUCAAACAAGCAAAGAAACAUCUUUAGAUUCCAAACAGAAUUGCUCUUCGAGACUAAAAGUCAUCAUCUUCUCGAGGUCAGCACAAAGUAAUUAUGAGUGGCUGAUGGAAUGGCUGAAGACCAAGUGUGUGAUGAGACCCAUAGAUGUCCAUGCUGUCUGCAUCACCAAUAAUUCUACAAGGUUUUACUCUGAGCUCCCAAACUGCUCGUUUGCCAUCCUGUAUCACACACAAAAGCAAGGACGACUCAACGUCACAGAUGUCACAGACUCCUUGUACAAUGAGGAGCUCAAACAACUCUCUGAUUUUCUGGGUAGAGAGAAUAUCAUUGUGGUGAUCGAUGAUCUGCAGAAUACCGACUAUACUAAAAAGAACCAGAUACUGAGACACCAGCCCAGCAUCAGUAGACUGACCCGAGACCUAUAUCUGUUCAACGAGAAAAAGAAGAACCCUGAAAACCUGAAAGACAUACAACGAAUCCUGAUGGGGAAAAUAAAGAAAAUACAAGAUGAUGAGGAGUGUUCAGUGAUGGACACAGAUUUUCUACAGGAUGAUUCUGGCAGAAAACCCAGUGAACCAGACAUGUCUGCUAUGGGUCUACAGCAGGAGGCUUUCCAGGACAGCAGUGUAGACAAUGAACCUGCGUCUUCAGGGACUUCAAGUACAAAAUCCACUAAAGAAGGUGAUUUGUCUGCUGCUCGGGUUCGGAAAGGAGCUGAUGAUUUGAAUGGACCAGAAGCAAAAAACAUAAUUCUAGACCCCAGCAUAUCGACCCUUCAUGAGGUGGACAGUGCACUUCAAGAUCAAGUUUCUUCAUCUUUCUUAGUUUAUAAAAAAAGUAUUACAACAAAUGCUAAAUGGCAGGAGCAUCGGAACAUAACACAAGCACGAUUCACAGAAAUGAGUCAAAAAAUACAAAAACUUCAAAGCGAAAACGAGGAGCUUCAAAGUCAAAAUAGAAGAUUACUUAGGGAGAAGAAUGAAAAUGAAGAUGCUAAAAAACAGGUGGUAGAGGCAUGCACCAAGAUCAUGAAAGAGAGAGAAGGCACUAUAGAGAUGCUCCACAAAGAUCUGCGUGACAAGGAGAGGAUCAUAGAGCAGGAACGUGGAAGAAUCCAGAAUAUGGAGCAGAAAAUUGAAGAACUGAUGAAGGAACUGAGAGAAAAAAAGGCACAUGAAAUGCAGACCAGAAAAGAGAAUCUCCAACAAAAUCUGCAUGACAAGGACAGGACCACAGAGGUGGAGCACAACACAAUCCAGAAUAUGGAGCAGGUUAUUCAACAGCGAAAGAGCUACAUCCAUGAAAUAGAAAAUAAACCGAACCAAGAAAUGGAAACUAGAAAAUCCAACAGAUAUGAGGAGAGAAGCCCAGUACCUGGACAAGAAGAUGAGGAGAAGACCCAGCAUGAACACAGACAAUGUAAACGGAGAACUGAGAUGAUGGAUGAAGGCUUUCUAUGGGACACAACCAAGGGGAAUAUUGAUGCAAGGUUCAAUCAUCGGGAAAGAUCUGAAGAGAUACAAAGCCUGACCCUAGCAAAUGACCAGAUCAAGCAGCUGAAAAAUAUAAUACAGCAGAAGGAUGAAGAAAUCCAGAUGCUGAAAGCAGAAGUCCACCAGAAAGUGUCUGCCCUGGAGGCACAGGCUGCACUUAUAGAUGACUUACUGAACGCAUCAGAGAGUUGGAAGGAGAAAGCAACACGCUGAUCAGAAGCCUCAGCUCUGGAUGGAGAGUUCCUGUUCUUCCCCACUAUAUUGUCCUCUGUGGAGGCCAGCACGUGCACAGCCUCCACUGCCAUAGAAGACCUUUUCCAGCUAAAGAUUUUUAUCUGUAGAGCUAAUAUGUCAGAUUUAUUGUAAGGAUUUAAUCACAUAUUAGAAUGAGUGUG